UGAUAGAAUCUCAACUGGCGACAUCUAGUCAAUUAUCGUCUCAUGAAAUAACAUACGCACAUUCAGAUAUUUUUCCAAAUAAUGAUUGAAUGUUAAUCAAGUUGUACCUUCCAAUUGUUCUCUGCCUUUUUAUCACAUUGCCGUUUUUAUCAGUGAUAACAUCGCAAAAUACAAAUCCGAAAAUGUCACAGUUAGUUGGUGUUGAUUUUGAAGUUUAUGGGAGAGUACAAGGCGUAUUCUUUAGAAAGUAUACUCAAAAACGUGGGACCGAAUUAGGUUUAAAAGGAUGGUGUAUGAAUACCCAUGAAGGUACAGUUGUUGGUCGUCUUGAAGGAUCGAAAAGCAAAGUGGAAGAAAUGAAAAAUUGGCUUCGAUAUACCGGAAGUCCUGAAUCAGCCAUAGACAAAGCGGAGUUUCGAAAUGAGCAAGAAAUAUCUCAACCUACAUUCGCUAAUUUCGAAAUUAAAAAAUAGAAAUCUUUACCUAACGUUAUUUCCAAUUAUGUAUUUAAUUUUUUGUUUUGUUUAGUAUACUAAUUUAUUUAAAAUUAUAAACAACGUGCAUCGAUUUGCGCCUCAAUUAAAAUAAAAGAAACUGUUCAAUUUA